CCACCAGGGGCUGUGGGUUGGGAGCGCGGGUAAAAGGAGCCCGGUGGUCUGAGCUGCUGUGCUGGCAGCGGUAGGUCUCAGCACAGCUACGGGUUUCCUGGUGCUGGAGACUGACGCCAUUGGAGCCCCAGGGAAGCAUGGCUGAGGGAAGCUACAGCAUGGAAUCGGAAAGCUUCACGGCUGAAGACAUGGAUGAAGGUAGCAAUGAAGUCAGGGAGGAAGACAUGGUUGAAGGAAACGACUGUGAAGAAUUUGGUGCUUUUGGUGGCUACGGCACCCUCACCAGCUUUGACAUCCGUAUCCUCAGAACUUUUGGGAGCUUGGGUCCAGGCCUUCGCAUCUUGUCGAAUGAGCCCUGGGAACUGGAAAACCCCGUGCUGGCCCAGACCCUGAUGGAUGCAUUGCAGCUGGAUCCGGAAACACUUGCCAAUGAGGUGGCCACCCGUGCUGCCAAUGUAGCCCGUGCCGCUGCCUCCAACCAUGCUGCUCGGGCCGCUGCUGCUGCCGCCCGUAUUGCCUCUAACAAUCAGGUGGCCAUUAACCACCUGGUGGACACAGAUCAGGCCUCAGGAGAUGACACUCAGCCCAUGACAUAUGCUGAGUCUCAGGGGGCCACCCCUGAGACAGCCCCUGCUUCUCCACAGGUCUCCCAGAUGCUAGUCAACAGUGUGACGGCUGCCCCUGGGGCUUCAGCAGCCCCCUCCCAGCCCCAGACAGCCUCCCAGGUCCAGGAGGCUGCUAUCGAGGGCACUAGUACCACCUGUGCUUCCUCUCAGGCUCCAUGUGCCAGUGAGAUGGAUGCCACCCAGCCCAAGACAGUCUUCCUGGGUCAGAAUGAUGUCUUUGAUUUCACCCAGCCAGCAGGUAUCAGUGGCAUGGCUUUCCCACGCCCCAGGAGACCUGCCCCAGCCCAAGAGGCUGCCACAGAGGGCCCCAGUGCUGCCUCUGGUGUGCUUCAGGUAGCAUCUGCCAGGGAGGUGGCAACCACCCGGCCCAAGAUGACCAAGUCUGGGAAAGCUCUUGCUAAGACUCGGUGGGUGGAGCCUCAGAAUGUUGCGUCAGCAGCUGCUGCCAAAGCCAAGAUGGCCACAAGCAUCUCUGAGACUGGGGGUGCUGCUGCCACUGUUCAGCACAGUGCUGAGCCUUGGGCCAGGACGGGAGGCAAGAGGACAAAGAAGUCCAAGCACCUGGAUGAUGAAUAUGAGAGCAGCGAGGAGGAGAGAGAGCCUUCUACAGUCCCACCAACCUGGAGAACAUCACAGGCCCCAUUGACGGCACGGGCUCAGAUGACCCCUCGGCCCCCGAUGGCCCUGACGUCCCAGAUACCCUCAAGGCACGUACUGUGCUUGCCACCCCGCAGUGUGACCCUUCUGCAAGAGAGGGCAAAUAAGUUGGUGAAAUACCUGAUGAUUAAGGACUACAAGAAGAUCCCUAUUAAGCGCUCGGACAUGCUGAAGGAUGUCAUCCGAGAAUACGAUGAGCAUUUCCCAGAAAUCAUUGAACGAGCGACAUACAUUCUGGAAAAGAAGUUUGGGAUCCACCUGAAGGAAAUUGACAAGGAAGAACACCUGUAUAUUCUUGUCUGCACACGGGAUUCUUCAGCUCGCCUCCUUGGAAAGACCAAGGACACUCCCAGACUGAGUCUCCUCUUAGUGAUUCUGGGAGUCAUCUUCAUGAACGGCAACCGCGCCAGCGAGGCUGUCCUCUGGGAGGCACUACGUAAGAUGGGACUGCGCCCUGGGGUGAGUCACCCAUUUCUUGGCGAUCUGAAGAAGCUCAUUACGGAUGACUUUGUGAAGCAGAAGUACUUGGAAUACAAGAAGAUCCCCAAUCGCAGCCCACCCAAGUAUGAAUUCCUCUGGGGCCUGCGAGCCCGCCAUGAGACCAGCAAGAUGAGGGUCCUGAGAUUCAUCGCCCAGAAUCAGAACCGAGACCCCCGGGAAUGGAAAGCUCAUUUCUUGGAGGCUGUGGAUGAUGCUUUCAAAACUAUGGAUGUUGAUAUGGCUGAGGAACAUGCCAGGGCCCAGAUGAGGGCCCAGAUGAAUAUCGGGGAUGAAGCUCUGAUUGGACGGUGGAGCUGGGACGACAUUCAGGUGGAGCUGCUGACCCGGGAUGAGGAUGGAGAUUUCGGUGGGAUCCCGUUUGCUUUUUGGGCCAGAUACCAUCAGUACGUUCUGAAUAGCAACCGUGCUAACAGGAGAGCCAUGUGGAGAGCUGGUAUCAGCAGUGGCACCAAUGGUGGGGCCAGCACCAGCAUCCUAGAUGGCCCUAGCACGAGCUCUACCAUUCGGACCAGAAAUGCCUCCAGAGCUGGUGCCAACUUCUCCUGGAUCCAACACCGCUGAUGAACUGCAGCAAUCCUACCCACCAGGCCAGAGUGCCUCCUCAGAUUCCUUCUUAAUUUAGCACUCUGGACAGUAUGUACCCAUCCUUUGAAGAGAGCGUGCAAGAUGAAGCUUCCUUUGCUCUUCCUGCUUUUGUUGUUUGCUUUUUCUUGUACUUUCAUG